AUGUUAAGAGUUGCCGGCAGUCAGAGGAGACUAUGUUAUUAUUAUUACUCUUCUUCUUCUUCUUCUUCUUCUUGUUCCUUAUUUUCACGGUGGCGUCAGAAUCUCAGCGCUACAUUUAGCACAGGGGCACAUCUCUCAGUAUCUCCAACACAAUCCCAUUAUUCACUAGAUUAUCACAGGGUCGUACGCAUUCUUGAAGCAUGUAAGAUGUCACCAAAUUUGAGAACUACGGCUGGCACGCAUGCUAACAUAGUUAAACUUGGUUAUGGAAUGUGUCAUUCUCUUAUUUCUUUGAUGAUAGUGUCAUAUGUGUCUUGUGAUAGACUCAAUCUUGCUCGUCAGCUGCUCGUUGAAAUUCCCACUGCGAAUUUGGAUGCUGUCUCUUCUAAUUUAAUGAUUACUAGCUUUAUGAAAACGGGGGCAGUUGAUGUUGCCAAGAAGAUAUUUAACGAAGUUCCCCUCCGGGAUUUGGUUACUUGGAACUCAUUGAUUGGAGGUUAUAUCAAAAAUGACAUGUUUAAGGAGGCGCUCAGUGUCUUCAGAAAGAUGUUGAGGUCUAAUGUUGAACCAGAUGGAUAUACUUUUGCAUCUAUUAUUACUGCAUGUGCUAGACUUGGAGCCAUUGAUCACGCUAAGUGGGUACAUCACUUAAUGACUGACAGCAGGAUUGAGCUAAAUUACAUUCUUUCUUCUGCUUUGAUUGAUAUGUAUUCGAAAUGUGGAAGAAUUGAGAUAGCUAGAGGAAUAUUUGAUAGUGUUGAGCGUACAAAUGUCUCUGUCUGGAAUGCUAUGAUUAAUGGAUUAGCAAUCCAUGGUCUUGCUUUAGAUGCAAUUGAGAUUUUCUCACUGAUGAGGCCAGAAAAUGUUUCACCUGACAGUAUUACUUUCAUUGGACUUCUAACAUCAUGCAGUCAUUGUGGGUUGGUUGAAGAGGGUCGAAAGUAUUUUCAACUAAUGAAAAGUCUGUAUUUGAUUCAACCACAACUUGAGCAUUAUGGAACAAUGGUUGAUCUACUAAGCAGGGCUGGACUGCUCGAUGAAGCUUAUAAAGUGAUUAAGGAAAUGCCAAUAGAGCCUGAUGCAGUCAUAUGGAGGACAUUUCUCAGUGCUUGUAGAAUUCACAAAAAUUCUGAGAUGGGUGAAGUUGCUAGCACAAAAAUAUCUCAUCUUAGUAGCGGAGAUUAUGUCUUACUGUCAAACAUUUAUUGCUCUACAAAUAAAUGGGAUAAUGCCGAGAAAGUUAGACGUGUGAUGAAAUGGGAAGGAGUUCGUAAAAAUAGUGGGAAAAGUUGGGUUGAAGUGGGUAAUGUUGUUCACCAGUUCAAGGCUGGUGACCGAUCACACCCUGAAGCUGAACUAAUAUAUAAAACUUUGAAGGAAUUGAUUCAUCGAACCAAAUUGGAAGGAUUUAGUUCCACAACUGAGUUAGUUUUGAUGGAUAUUUCUGAUGAGGAAAAGGAGGAAAAUUUGAGUUACCACAGUGAAAAAUUGGCAUUAGCCUAUGGGAUCUUAAAAUCUAGUCCCGGAACUCGUAUUCAAGUUUCAAAAAAUCUUCGUACUUGUCCAGAUUGCCAUUCUUGGAUGAAAAUUGUAGCAAAGGUGUUGAAUAGGGAGAUCAUUGUGAGGGACAGGAUCCGCUUUCAUCACUUUGCAGAUGGUUAUUGUAGUUGUGGGGAUUACUGGUAGUGAUUCUUUGAAGUUCCAAUUGAGUUUGGUAAUUGAUGCUUAAGCAGAUAACUUACAGUAGAUGUCUUAUGUCUCAGCUUCUUGUGGCUCUUGUCUUGCCUGUUUCUAGCAUCCUAUCUGCUGUCUGCACUCUUUGUACAAGCACACCACUUAGAUGAUGACCUCCUCGAGUAGUAAUGAGUAAAGUGCAUCUGGUUAAAAUCAGUGCCAAAAAGGUUUAUUUCCAUAUGAUGCAACUCCAAGCUUUGAGAUAAGACAUCGCUGUCUACAGAAGAACUCUCUGGAUAUUACAUCCAGGUGAGUUCUUGAGAUUAUUUUCUGGUCUUUGAGAAUCAAGAUGGAGCGCCAUACAGUUUGUCAUAUCCAAGUGAUAGAUGGAGAUGAGGUGGAUUCAUUAAAAGAACGCCAAUCAAACUAGCAGAUCAGGUCUUCCGUGCAUGGUGGAGUUUGUUACUGAUGUUUUCCUCUGACUUUGGAAAAGAGAAAAAGUAGAAGAAAAAAACUGCUACUAUUAUUUUAAAUGCUGUACCUUGCACACAGUUUGUCUAGAGCGAAGACUAUAAAACCUGAGGAAUCAAAGAAAGACUUGACUGUGAGAAAUUGACUGGUUCAAGAGUCAUUUUCACUGACCUUGAAGCAGCAGACCAUGUGGAAUUAGAAGGAAAAAAAGAGAAGCAAGUCAUACGUUUGAACUCUUCAAGACCUCCUAAUUUGUUUUGAAUAUGCCUGCCACCAAAAACUACAGCAGUGGGACAUCCUUGUUUGUCCACACCUUGCAUGAACAUCUUGUUCUGUGCUAUCUCGUUUGGUAUCUCACACACUGAAAUGGAUCCUUUUGGUACAAAGCUUUGCCUCCAUUUAUGGCAUUUCAAGAACAUUGCUGCAGCUUUCUCUAUGUCCAGAUCCCGAGCUCGAAGAAACCUUCUCAAGGCAUAAUCAUCUACUACCUGCAAACAAGACACAUGGAAAUCAUUUUAGUUUUGAUAAAUAGAUUGUUUUCAUAGUUAAGAGAGUGAGAGAGAUGAUGCUAUGCUGCAAAAAAUUGUAUUAUACCUUGGAAGAAGGAUCUUGCUUUUCAACAAGAGCUCUCAUGAGUUCAAUUUUGUUCAUCUCUAGGUAAGCAAUUGUGUCA